GAGAAGGGGGCGAAUUGCGCAACCGAUGAUGACUCACUCGGCUUUUCCCCUCCCUUUUCGCCCCCAAGAAAGAACUCUCACAGGCAAAGCACACCACCAGCCGUAAACCAAAACAAUGUUACCCUCAUCAUCCACUCGUCUGUUGGCUGCUAGCCGUCUUCAUGCUCUCACCACUAGUCGUAUCAGGGGUCUGGCCACCGUGUCGGCCGCCAACCCGGCACACUCCUACAAGGUGGUGGUAAUCGGCGGCGGCUCAGCGGGCAUGGCGGUCACCGCGCAGCUCGCGCUGGACGCGCUCUUCAGAAAGGGCACCAGGAAAGACAUACUUAUGAUUGAUCCCAGCGAUGUGCACUACUACCAGCCGCUGUGGACGUUUGUGGGCGCCGGGUUGAAGCAGAUGAAGGAGAGCGAGCGGCCGAUGGGGCAGUUGGUGCCUAAGCAGGCCGAAUGGUUGAAAGACCGCGUAUCGCGCAUCGACCCGGCUGCCAACAUCGUUACCACCGGAAGCAACCGCCAGAUUAAGUACGAGUACCUCGUCGUUGCGCCAGGCAUCAAGCUCGACUUUGAGAAGAUCCCUGGGUUGGUCGAAUCGCUGGGGAAGGACGGCGUAACGUCGAAUUAUGCGGUGCAGUCUGUGGAGAAGACGAGCGAAUUUCUGAAGGCGUUUAAAGGCGGGAAUGCGAUCUUUACCCAGCCCGCGACGCCUAUCAAGUGCGCAGGCGCCCCCCAAAAAAUUGCCUACCUCGCCGAAGAGCUCUUCCGUACCCGCGGCCUCCGCCCCCAAACAAACGUCCGCUUCCACACUGGCAUGGGCAAGAUCUUCGCCAUCGACAAAUACGCCGCCCCGCUCACCGAAAUCUGCGCAUCCCGAAACAUCGCCGUACACCUCUUCAGCAACCUCAUCGCCCUCCGACCCGACGCCAAACAGGCCGUUUUCAGGGAUGUAUCGCCCACUGCAUCCGCCGGGAAGGAGACGAUUGUUGAUUAUGAUUUCAUACAUGUCACCCCGCCCAUGUCCGCCCCGCCUUUCAUCCGGCAAAGCGGGUUGGGGAACGCGGACGGGUGGGUGGAUGUAGAUAAAGAAACUACCCAACAUGUCAAGUACCCCAAUGUGUAUGCCUUGGGGGACGCGAGCAGCCUCCCGACAUCAAAGACGGCGGCUGCAGCUGCCGCGGAGUCAGCUGUUACAACCCACAACCUGCUGCGCGCUAUAAAGAACGGGACGGGCCCCGCGGCGGCGUAUGGCGGAUACACGAGCUGCCCCCUGAUUACGGGGAAGGGGAAGUUGAUUUUGGCCGAGUUUUCGGGGUACACUGGUAAACCGCAGGAGACAUUCUUCUACGACCAAUCCAAAGAAUCCGCCCUCUCCUACGCCCUCACCGCCAACAUCAUACCCUCGCUGUACUGGGAGGGUCAGGUUAAGGGGUUGUGGAAGGGGCCGGGGGUGGUGAGGAGGAUUACUAAUCCGUUUGAUUCGUGAGGAAACGCGUAGUCUUUGGAUAUACUCGUUGACAUGCAUAUAUCACUGCACUGGAGGCCAGCGUUAUUCCGACGGGCCAUGCGGAGUUGUGAAAGGCGCAGCGGUACCGUUGCCCCCCCCCCCCCUGGUGGUUGCGCGCUUCCCAACGCUCCCGUUCACUCAAUGCCUCUUGCAUACGUUCAGAGCGAAAUCGCGUAUUCUCUCCUCAUUUCCAGUAAACCCUCAUUUUGGUCGCCUCUCGAUCCCUGUUUGCUUCAUUGAGCGCAGCUUCUUUUUUGUACCGGCGUACCCUGAUUACUACGAUCACUUUUCAACUUGUAGCAACAUCUGUACGCUCUACAAAUAUCAUCAUGGUUGUAGCGGG